AUGCCUCUUACACGCCGUCUCUCCCAAUUCUUUUCAUCGUCACCUUCGUUACAUCUGCUUGGGAAAGAUAUGAAUACUUUUGAUAUCACUACUACUUCUACGCCUGCUUCUUCACCACCUUCUAUAUCGGAGGAAGUUAUCUUUUCAAGUGCGAUAGAAGCCGAGGACCAGGAGUCGAGUCAAACUUCUGUCGAGCAAUCACCUAAUGCAACCAAAAGACCUCAUCAUCGAAAAACGAUAAAGAAAAUAUUCCGUCGUUUCUCUCUCCAUUCUUCACCCAAAGAUUCAACCACUAUUCCUCGCACCUUGUCACCGGUCAGCGAUGUCGUUAUUGUGGAAACUCCACCCGAUUUACCCACUCUCACAACCACAACCGAUGUCCCACCUCGCGAUAGCCACGAACGAAUAGAUUAUACCCGAAUUCAAAUCUCCUCCCUCCCAUUUCCGUUCCCGGAUCUCGCCUCCCCUCUUCGAAAAUCCAUCAAUGCCGGCCAAAAGCUUGAAUGCUCCGAUUCCGGUUAUUUUUCCCUGACCAGUGUCUCCUCAUCGUCUCUAUCACCCUCCGCUCCGUCCCCCACUUUACGCCUGAUCCGUCGUAUCAACAAAGCUAUACUCCUACUCGAAUACCAAGAACUAUUAACUACACGCUUCUCGACGAAUUUGGCGUAUCUAUUUGGGAAGAAAGAAAUGGCAAUUUGGAGGACGAGGAAAAUGAGUGAUGAUACCAAGGAAUUGAUCAUUAUCAUUUUGACGAAAUUGAGGGAAUUGGUCGGGAAAACGAUGGUUCAUAAGACGGGAUUAGUGAGGAGGAGUAGGUGUAUAUUGGGAGAAGUCGUAGAGGCGAUUGUAUCAAAUCAGAGAAGGGAUUCUGGUGUAGAAACCGAGACACCAGCUUCGGAAAUAGCCGAACACACUCCCAGUCCCGAAGUUGUUGAAAUGUCAGGAAGUGAGCCGGAAUCAGAAGGGCAAGGAGAUAUGAAGGAAACUUUAGAGACACUGAGAGCUGAUAUUGCGAUGCAAAAAAGAUUAGAUGAAGUUUUGAGGGCAGGAAUAGUAGGAAGCUGUGGGGAUGAGAAUUUAAUGAUGGGGUUGCCGAGUAGGAGUGAGAGGCUUUGUUUAAGGAGAUUUGUGGGGUUUGUGGAGGGCAGGGUGACGGAACUUGGCGGAGCAUAUGCGAGGGUUGAGAAGGCUGUCGGGGGCUUGGAGAGAUAUCUCACACCAAUUGGUCAGCAAGGAAUCCAAUACACAUAUCUGCAGGCCAACAGAUCACGAAACAGAACACCAGGUCGUGCUCAAAGAAACUCGUCUGGAGCGAGGAAAUGGGGAAUAGAUGAGAAAGAGGCGGGUUCUCCUGGAUACACGGAACAGGCGCAUGCUUAG